CAAGUACUGAAAAUCAGUGUUGUGCGUCCGUGUCGCAGUUUUAUAAUCCAUUGUUGGAAUAAAAAAAUCGCUAUCGUUGAGAAAAGUUGUGAAAACGUGUAUUUAAAACCUUUUUUGUGUCAGUGCUUAAGUGCGCGUUAUUACUAAAAGCUUGAUUAAGUUGGUCUCCAACUUCGGUUUUACGCGCGUAACGUACGUUUUAAUCGUAAGGUUGAAUUUUGACCUUCGGAAUAUUCAUUCUUGCGAAUAUUGGCGAUCAAAUCGUAAUUCUCGUUGAUCUUCAUUCGCUCGCUUAUAUUAUACCGCUUUAAAUUAUCAUAUUACACCAUGUCGACUUCGCGCAGACGUGGAGAAAUUAAUCCUAAACUUCACAUGGAUAGGCAGCCUACUGUUGCCCGCAUUACAGAUCCAUCACUUCCGGCUGGAAAACGUCGAGAGAUCGAUAACGUCAUGAAAAAAGCUCGGGCAAACACCAAUGACUACUGGGAUAAAAAGUUGAUUGAGGUAGAAGAAAAAGAUCCCAACCGUUGGCGGCAUACCGGCUACAAGAAAAUGUAUAUACAAGGUGAAAGCAGUUCGGGAGAAAGUGAUCGCGAAGGGGGUUUUCGUUAUAAUUCGUCUACUGGAGGUCCAGUCGGGGGACCUGUUGGUGGUCCGCCACCGACUUCCGGUCGAUAUGGUCGUUCACGGUCACCGCGUUCGCGCAGUCGUUCACGUUUACGGAAAUCUCCGCCUAUGUCGCCACCUAUGCGUCGUCGCUCGCCACCUAUUGAGAUGGGAGGACGUCGGAUGUCCCCACCAUCCAUGGACAGCAUGCGCGGUCGUCCUCGUUCGCCACCACCACGUGGUGGUAUACCUCCGCGUUCCCCUUCGGAUUUGGGUCGCGGUCGUAUGCCGUUGGGCGGGGGUAGUAGCAGUGGAAACAAUCGACCGCGUUCUCCACCGGAGCCACCAAUGCGUCGGAAGCCGUCGCGUUCGCCGUUAGGUCGACGUCGGUCUCCACCUAAUAUUAGUCGCAGACGGUCGCCGCCACCGGUGGGACCAAAUAAACGGGGGCAAAUAUUACCACGAUCAAAGCGCCCUCCGUCUCCUCCGCCGAGAAGUUCUUGCCGUUCGCGAUCAAACAGCUCUGUAAGUAGUUGUUCCGAUGAUUCUUGCUCUGUUUGUUCUCCAAAACACCACCAUAGAUCACGAUCUCAUUCGUUGCCGCGUUCGCGUAUACCAGGUGGUCCCCGUUCUCCGCCGCCAAAAUCUUCUUCACGUUCGUUGCAAUACCGUGGAGGUCAACCACCUCCAAGCGGCCACACUUCGUCGCGUAUGCACGCUCGUCCGACUACUCCACCACCUCCGAACGUGCGUUCUGUAGAUAAGUAUCGCGGAGAAAAAGUUCGUCGGUAUAGUCAUGACCGUAGUAUUGAUCGUGUACCGUCAGAUGGACGUCUGAAACUUGUACGUUCAGGUCGACAUUCGCCCACUGAGGAUCCACGUGUCAAAAAUCGUCCGCCAGAGCCCCCAGAGCCUGCUUCGUCUUCUUCGACAACUUCGGCCGUUGCCAAGAAAAAGAAAAAAGACCGAGAACUGCGUACGCGCAUUAAAAUAGAAGGAGAAAAAAGAAAGAAGCAUUCGUCAUCGGAAUCAGAUGAUUCGGGGGGCUCGGAUAGUGACAGUUCGUUGCCUACUUUUAUUGCUGCCACUGGCUUAACACUAUCCGAACGUUUCGGUAAAAUGGCACAGUGGAGUAUUGAUCGUAGUAACAUGGAAAAUAUGCGCAUUACCAAAGAUUCCACCGGGGGAGCUUUAAAAGUUAUGAUUGAAGAGGGACUCGGCUCUCCGCCGCGCCGUUAUUCGUAUUCGCCAGCACCGGCUGGUCAUUUUCCGGAAGAACUUGCAACAACAGCACCGUCGGGUAUGCUGUCGUGGGAUGAUGUACGCGUCCGUUAUGAAUAUUACAAAAGCCGCGGAUAUUUGCGCGAUUUAGACUUAAAGGAUUACAUAAAGUGGGAAGAGUGGUGGUACAAAUACCAAGAAUGGUUGAAACAAGAACGCUAUUAUGAGUAUUGGGAACGCCAGCAAUUAGCUCGUCGUCGACAUUAAGAAGUUGUUUUAGAACUUGUUACGUGCACACGAUUACGCAUAAAUCAUCAUAAACAGAUGGUAACUUGAAUGACGAAGUUGCUUUUCAUUGUGGUGUCAUCUGCGUUUUUCUCAUUUACUUACAUUGUACAUUUAAAAUGUAUAAAAACCUAAUAUAUACGUAAGUAACUUGCAGAAAUAUUGAAGCCAUCAGUACACAGUUUCAGUAAUAAGCCUCUGACUACGCUGAAGUUUUUGCUUUGACGUAAUGAUUAUUAUGUAUGUAUUUGUAUGUAUAUUAUAAACAGUAUAACUUUAAUAAAUCAUAAAAAAUCCUUAA